AUGCCGGGAGGCUGUGAAGAAGACACUCCUACAACCCGCCCACUCCUACAACCCGCCCACUCCUACAGCCCGCCCACUCCUACAACCCGCCCACUCCUACAGCCCGCCCACUCCCUAAGACACUCCUACAACCCGCCCACUCCUACAACCCGCCCACUCCUACAACCCGCCCACUCCUACAACCCGCCCACUCCUACAGCCCGCCCACUCCCUAAGACACUCCUACAACCCGCCCACUCCUACAACACUCCUACAACCCCGCCCACUCCUACAACCCGCCCACUCCUACAGCCCGCCCACUCCUACAACCCGCCCACUCCUACAGCCCGCCCACUCCCUAAGACACUCCUACAGCCCGCCCACUCCUACAACCCGCCCACUCCUACAGCCCGCCCACUCCCUAAGACACUCCUACAACCCGCCCACUCCUACAACCCGCCCACUCCUACAACCCGCCCACUCCUACAGCCCGCCCACUCCUACAACACCGCCCACUCCUACAGCCCGCCCACUCCUACAACCCGCCCACUCCUACAACCCGCCCACUCCUACAACCCGCCCACUCCUACAGCCCGCCCACUCCUACAACCCGCCCACUCCUACAGCCCGCCCACUCCUACAGCCCGCCCACUCCUACAACCCGCCCACUCCUACAACCCGCCCACUCCUACAACCCGCCCACUCCCUAAGACACUCCUCAGCCCGCCCACUCCUACAACCCGCCCACUCCUACAGCCCGCCCACUCCCUAAGACACUCCUACAACCCGCCACUCCUACAACCGCCCACUCCUACAACCCGCCCACUCUACAGCCCGCCCACUCCUAGAACCGCCCACUCCUACAACCCGCCCAUCCUACAACCCGCCCACUCCUACAACCGCCCACUCCUACAGCCCGCCCACUCCCACAACCCGCCCACUCCUACAACCCGCCCACCUACAACCGCCCACUCCUACAGCCCGCCCACUCCUACAACCGCCCACUCUACAGCCUGCCCACUUCUACAAGCCGCCCAUUCCCUAAGACACUCCUACAACCCGCCCACUCCUACAACCCGCCCACUCCUACAGCCCGCCCACUCCUACAACCCGCCCACUCCUACAGCCUGCCCACUUCUACAAGCCGCCCAUUCCCUAAGACACUCCUACAACCCGCCCGUUCCUGAAAUCCCUAGGCCCGCCCACUCCUUCAGCCUGCCAAUUCCAACAGGCUGCCCAUUUCCUGAGGCCGCGCAUUCUAACCACGCCCACAGAGGCUACAGCACGGCACAACAGCAGCUGCGACACAUAAUACACUACAAGACCAACCAACAGCUGUAUCGAGUGCCGGGGAGACUUCCUCAAACUGGUACGAUAUUGUAA